AUGCCUGCAAGGAAAGGAGGCAGACCGACGCUGAGCCAAGGCUUGGACCGUGAGGUCUACCAGGUCGUGCGCAAGAUCAUUGACGACCAAGGCGACAAUGGGCGCAUCCGUCUAUCGGUCCCCUCGAUUUACGAGACAAUCAAAAAGUCGAACUCGAGUCUAAACCGGAAACCGAAGAGAUUGAUUGAAGACAGCCUGGAGCGGGUCUUGGAAGUGGUUAAAGCCGAUAUGGGUGACGACGAUGAGGACUCGGUGGAGGGGGAUUUCGAGGGACUCGAGGAGCCCCCCGCGGCGGAGCCCAAUGGAAUGAAUCAAAGUCUGGUUGGCUCAUGGGCUACACCCAAAGCGAAGAAGGAACCCGCUACGGCCCCAACUGCAUCUAAGAGAAGAAGAGACGGCGGAGAAUCUGCGUCUAAGCGCCGCAAGGCCGAGCCUGCGGACCGAUCGCCGCCCACGCAUGUCAGUCUCGCCGAUCUGGGUGGCUUGGACGAUGUUGUGCAGGAGCUUGGAGACUUGGUUAUCCUGCCUAUGACCCGGCCACAGGUCUAUCUCUCAUCGAAUGUGCAGCCGCCGCGCGGUGUUCUGCUUCAUGGCCCGCCAGGUUGCGGUAAAACAUUGAUUGCCAACGCAUUCGCUGCGGAGCUCGGCGUGCCUUUCAUCUCGAUUUCCGCGCCUUCAGUGGUGUCAGGAAUGUCCGGUGAAUCCGAGAAGGCCUUGCGCGAAUAUUUCGACGAGGCCAAGCGACUUGCCCCCUGUCUAAUUUUUAUUGAUGAAAUCGAUGCUAUUACGCCUAAGCGGGAGAGUGCCCAGAGAGAGAUGGAGAAGCGAAUUGUCGCCCAGCUCUUGACCUGCAUGGAUGAAAUUGCCCUUGAGAAGACCGACGGAAAGCCAGUCAUCGUCCUAGCUGCGACCAAUCGCCCAGACAGUCUCGAUGCUGCUCUUCGCCGUGGUGGCCGUUUUGAUAAAGAAAUCAACAUGACCGUGCCCUCAGAGCCAGUCAGAGAGCAGAUUCUUGGAGCUCUCACACGCAAGAUGCGCCUGGCAGAUGACAUUGACUUGAAGACACUCGCUAAGCGUACCCCCGGCUUUGUCGGUGCGGAUUUGAACGACCUUGUCUCAACGGCCGGUGCGGCAGCUAUCAAGCGGUAUCUCGACAUUCUCAAAUCUAACAGCGGAGAAGAGAUGGAAGUCGAAGUUGAAGGCGAGGCCGAGCUCAGCCCUCGAGUCCGCGAACUUCGCCGCCUAAUUAACCACGCCAAAGAUACACCUAUGGGCGAGGAGACUGAAGUUGUUCUUGUUUCCAAUGCCGAUUUCUUCACAGCCCUUCCCAAAAUCCAACCUUCUUCUAAGCGUGAAGGCUUCGCCACAAUCCCCGACACAACCUGGGCUGACAUUGGAGCGCUCGGUGGCAUCCGCGAGGAACUUGUCACCGCUAUCGUCGAACCCAUCAAGAACCCAGACAUCUAUGCCAAUGUUGGUAUCACGGCACCUACAGGUGUCCUCCUCUGGGGACCUCCUGGAUGUGGUAAAACACUUCUCGCCAAGGCAGUUGCCAACGAGUCCCGUGCCAACUUCAUCAGCGUCAAAGGACCUGAGCUCCUCAACAAGUUCGUGGGUGAAUCAGAGCGCGCUGUUCGCCAAGUCUUCAUGCGUGCGCGCUCCUCCAUUCCUUGCGUCAUCUUCUUCGACGAGCUUGAUGCUCUCGUUCCCCGUCGCGAUGACACCCUUUCAGAAGCUUCUGCUCGCGUCGUCAACACACUUCUCACAGAGCUUGACGGCCUAGGCAGUUCCCGCCAAGGAAUCUAUGUGAUUGCCGCCACUAACCGACCUGAUAUCAUCGAUCCGGCGAUGCUCCGUCCUGGUCGUUUGGAAACCCUAUUGUUCGUCAACUUGCCCUCGCCGCUGGAGCGCGUGGAUAUCUUGAACACUCUUGUGCGGAACUUGUCUAUUGAAUUUGGAGAGGAUCUCCGCCAGCUUGCAGAGGAGUGUGAGGGCUUCAGUGGUGCUGAUCUGGGCAGCUUGUUGCGUCGGGCUGGUUACUCCGCCAUCAAGCGGAGGGACACUAUCAAAUUCGAGGACUUUGUCAAUGCCAAGUCCUUCAUUCGGCCUAGUGUUACUGAUCUGAAGAAGUAUGAGAAGUUGAGGAGGGAUUGGAGUGGUGGUGUGGUCUGA